GGAAGAAGAAACUGGAAGAAAGUAGGGAAAGGAGCAGAAGAAGAAGAAGUGGCUUAAAAAAACAACACGGGCACUUGGCUGUCAGUUAACAAACAAGGUUACACAAAUAUCUGAGAGGUUAAAGCUAGCUUGAAUGUCUCUCUAAUUAACUUCUGCACCGACUGGACAAUGAAGUCAUGUAGCUGCAUUACAUGUGACACAAUGCACCAUGUGAGCUGCGUGAAAGCCUUUUGACACAUACAAGUGGCAGCUGAUAUGGUGGACCUAGGCCUGACCCUUAGGAAUGCCCCAGUCUCACUUUUCAAUGAGAUUCUGGGGAACAUGUUGCCACAGAUUAUGGAUUUAGGAAGACCUCUCCCAUGAGAUUCCAGUUUUGCAGCGAUUUAAUCAAACAGCUGUGAGGAACAUGGAGAGAGAAGCAGCAGAGAAGGAGAAGGAUGUUGCAGACACUGACGAGGAGAUGACUGAUGGUAUUUCUGCCUCAGUGACCAAUUCUGGUCAGUGGGAGGCCAGAGAGACUGACGAUGACUGCGAGCAGGAGGACAAAACAGCCUAUCUUAAAUCUCAGGAAACCCCAAACCCAGCCACUCCGCAAGACUCUGGAAUUGGCGAAGCAGAGUAUUGUGGAUCCAUGGAGGCCAAAGAGGACACCGAGGAGGUUUCAGAUGGGUUUGACAAUGACAAGACGGCAGAUGACGAGAACUCGCAGGUUAUAAAUCAAGAAGAGGAUGAAGCUGCGAAGGAGCAGCAGAUGAAUGGGGAGUCUGGCUGGAGGAACAUGGCCAGUGGGCGGCGGUUCAAACUGAAAAGCGGUGGAUCAGUUUUAGAGCAGGGCAAUCAGAGCGCUUUUUCCUCCAUUCAAAAAGGCAAUGUGAUGUCAAGCGGUGGUCGGCACAAGCAGACCCGCAGACGUAACCAUCAUCACCAUCAGCAGAACCGCAGCCGCAGGCGGACAGGCAACCAGCUUGUCUUAGCUUUCAAGGAGAUGCUGUCAGAGUCUCUGAGCUUGUGGUGCAUCUCGUGCAUCCAUAUGAUGAUUGAGAUUAUUGUGACAUUAACUCACAAUUGUGGAGUUGGAGUUGAGACUGGAGUUGUGAAACUUUACAACUUUGGGCAGCAGCUCCUUGCAAAGAUCACUGAUAUACCAGGAAUGAAAGCAGAUGCUAGUCGAAUUCUAAAAUGGACGAAAUGCACAGGAGCGGACCUGCUGGAUAGAAUAGUUAGAUCAGUGAAGUGGAUGAAGACAGCUGCCUUAUCUUGUUUCAGACUUUUCUGUGCAUUGGCUAUUCUGGGUUCCCAAUGGGCAAAGGGUGUGUUGGUCCGUGUUGGUGGAGAGAGGGGAAAACGCUAUUGGACUGCUUUUCAAGAGUCAAGGUUUUGGAAGAGGGUGGUUUCCUUGUUGGAAAGAGCCCAAAGCCUGUUCAGGAGGGAUGGCCACGCCCCACCAUCCACACCUGAGUCUCCCGGCAGAACAGGGAAAGGUCUGCCAGGCCAGGAGCUGGAGAGGCUGCUGGCGUUGGCUGAGGUACCAGAGGAUGAGCUUGACCCCUUUACAGUACUUGGUGUAGAAGUGCACGCCACUGAAACCGAGCUGAAGAAGGCCUACAGACAGCUGGCUGUCCAGGUCCAUCCAGACAAGAAUAAACACCCACGAGCUGGAGAGGCGUUCAAAGUACUGAGGGCUGCCUGGGAUAUUGUCAGUAACCCAGAGACACGACGAGAGUAUGAGUUGAAGCGCAUGGCAGCAACUGAGCUCUCGAAGUCCAUGAACGAGUUUCUCACCAAACUGCAGGAUGACCUGAAGGAAGCCAUGAACACCAUGAUGUGCACCAAGUGUGAAGGAAAGCACAAGCGAUUCGAGAUGGAUCGUGAACCUGCCGAGGCCCGGUUCUGUGCUGAAUGCAACCGUUGCCAUAGCGCUGAGGAGGGGGACCUGUGGGCCGAGUCCAGCAUGUUGGGCCUUCGCAUCACUUACUUUGCAUGUAUGGACGGGAAGGUGUACGAUAUUACAGAGUGGGCAGGUUGCCAAAGAAUAGGCAUUUCUCCUGACACCCACCGUGUACCAUAUCACAUCUCGUUUGGUUCAAAGAACAACAGCAACGCCACACGGCACAGGACGCCCUCAGAGCAGGCCACAGGUCCAACCAACCCCGCUGAUUUGCAGGAUUUCUUCAAUCGAAUCUUCAAGGGAGGACCGCCAAACGACAUGUCUGCCAACGGAGGCUUCUUCCCCUCAGGUCCGCCUCAUCACCCGCCUGGUGCCGGAGCACCUCCGUUCUCCCCUCCCACGGGUCAAACAGGUUUCUACAUGCCAGGCGGUCAGCGGCCAGAGUCCAGUGAGACGUGGGCUGAAAGUGGCAAACCCCCCAGACGGAGGAAGAAGGUUCGCAAACCCUUCCAGAGGUGAAGUCUGUUGACUUGUUAGUAUAUCAAAAUAGCAACACAGGGACAAUGAAUAAUGGCCAUGUUUGUCUCUCGCCUGCCUGUUGGCAUGCCAAGAUCUGACCUGGAGAAUAUUCAUGGGUCUAAAAAGCCGCGGUCAGAUCAGCCAGAGCAGAGAAAGACCGGAUUAUGAAGAAGAGCCUGUGGACUGAAUACAAGUAUUGAAGGAGAGCUGAAGAGGUGGCAGCGAUGGUGCUUUACCUCUCGUUUCACCUUUUUUUUUUUUUUUUUUUGUUGGUCUUAAAGACGACUGUAGCCUUGGCAUUGAAAUCCUCAUCGGGAUGCUGUAAUGACACAUUUUUCUUUUCACAAUUUCCUGCCAAAUCCUUCAUAGCAUGAUUUAGUCACUUCAUUCUAACACUUUAAUUCUCUCACUUCUGUUGUUAAUGCUUUAUAUAAGGUUAGAUCAAGACAUUGGCUCCAGGCAGAGUGACGGUUGAGGGUUACAGUCAGUGGGAAUGUGAUUUACGGAUUGCUGCAAUCGAGAAAUGAAGAUAAUGAUCUGGGCAGCUUCACGCUGUCAGUGUUACUGUUAGUAGUGGCAUGUGAAUCUACUUUUGCAUCUGCGCCUCGCCCACCAUUUUUCAAGAAUGAAUCCAAAUCAGUCAAAUCCAAUACAUCUGAACUAAAUUAACUAAAUCAUGAUGUAUUAUUCACUGAAAUAAAGAGUGUUUUUUUAUUUCAGUGUAAUAAAUUCUCUACAUAGCCACAAAUGUUAAAGAUUUCAUUUAGUAUUAUGUUGGGAAAGUAGCCAAAAGUGUCCUUUUUCCCCCCUAUUCAAGGCAUAUUCACAAGGCAUGGUGUGCUUCUAUGGUUGCAUGCACACAAACAAAGAGAAUACAAACAAGUUAUUUGCAUUGUGAAAUCAGGAGAGAGACUUCCUUUGAAUAAUUAAAAUGUAUUAUGGGGAUUUCUAGUCAUAAAAAGGCAAUAUGUAGAUGCAACAUGGCCACUAAGAAGGAAAACAUCUUGUCAAGGUUGUAAUUUGGUCAUGAAAUGUGGCCGUCACUUCUAUUUGUGUGACCACUAUCAGAGAAUCUCUCCAUACAUUAAAAGCACUCAUUCAAAACUGGGUUUCUCAUUAAGGGCAACAUAAAUUAAGGACACUCUAUUCAGAAAUCAUCUCAGACAGGCCAAUCCAAAUUAGUGAUCAUAAACCUUUGUUUUUUCAGAAUCCAGAGAGGAAACUUAAAUUGUUUAUUACAUUUUUAAGGAACGUGCAAGGAUAUUACCAGAACAAAACAUACAUUUGAUAGCUGCUUGAAUCUUAAAUGUAGAUGAUUUUUAACUAUGGACACAAGCCUGACCAGUAUGUAAAGACACAGUGCCGUCUCAUUUGUAUUGUUUUUUUAAAUCAUCACUGUUAUUUUAUUUUGAUUUUAGGGAUGCAGUUUACACCAGAAGUGUGUACGACUCUGUGCAAUAUCACUUAAAUAUCGGCGUACUCUAAAUUGUAUCACCUUACUAUAACUGAACUAUUUCUAAGUUGAACAGUAGGGUAUUUAGUCCUUUGUCAAAUAUAAAACUAAGUAGUUUAGAUUUACUAUAUUACAGAUACUGGCCCCUCAUACCUCAGUUCAUGUCAGUACUGAGAUUCAUAUCUUUUAUUUUUUUCACUACUUUGUAUGAUCGCCUUUAUUUUCGAUGACAGACUCAAACCCCCUCGACAUGGAGGACACCAGUGUUGCACAAAUUUCUGGAGGGAUGCUCUGACAUUCUUCAGCGAUGUUUUUCUUUGCUAGAAGGGUUGUGUUUGUCUACCUUUUGACUUACAACACCCCAAAGCCAGACCACAUUCUUGGCCAAGUUGUUGUGCUCACUUUGUCAUUCUUCAGUAACUCUUGUGUGCUUUGAGCAGAGCGCUUUGGAACGCUAUCAUGCUGAAAUAAUUAAUCAUCCUGUCAGCCAGUAAUUUAAUAUACAUACAGACAUUAAUGGAGCCAUCUACAAAUGUCAUCCUCCCAACACUUUCUCCACUCGUGCAGCCCCACAUCAUCACACUCCCACCUCCGUGCUGCAGUGUCAGGACCAUGCAUCCACUGUGGGAGUCCUGACUACACGUGUUAGACCAAACCUGAGACGAACAAAUUUAUCUUGGUCUCAUCUGACCAAAGAAUGUGCUCCCAGCAUUUACCAGGUUUCUAGCAGUUUUGUGCCGAAGAGCAAGUGAAGGUGCUUCUCUUGGACGCCAUCCACAGAGGUUGGCGUUCUGUAGUGUCCUUUGUACUGUCUGAGCUGUCACAGAAACUUCAUAUACAACCUCUGUGCCAAAUCUGAAACACCUGCUCAUCUGUUCUUCAGAACUAGGUUGUUUAAGUAGUGCAGUCUGUGGCAUCAUUGUAGGAAACUCACUACAGCUGUUAGUAGUAGUAUCGUGGCUUCUUCAGUACCUCCUGAUUACUGCUGCUGCUGACUUUUAGUUUAACCAGUAUUUUCAAUAUAGUGUUUCUAAAGUAUUUGUUUUAAUUGUUCCUAGGAAGAAAUACUCUGCUUGUCAACUUAGGAAUAAUACAGUUAAUGUAAGGUGAUACGGUUUGCGGUCAUUUCAGUGAUAUUGCACAGGGUUGAACCCACCUCGAUUCUAUACUGUAACCCUUGGUUGAAUAGGAAUAUAGUAAAACAAAUAUAUAAUAUAUAUAAGUUGCUGCUGCAACAUAGUCAGUUUGCAUGAUUGUUCAGGCAGCUACUGAAAACUGUUCCAGUCAUCUGAACUUUCACAACAUUUUCAUCAAGGAUCCUACUUGUUCAGUGCCAUUUUUGCAUGUUAAAAGCCAUGGCUGUGACCUGUGACUGUCACUCAGCUCAGGGCAAGUCAGUUAAAAAAAAAAAAAAAAAAAAAAAUCAGAUUUGAUUCCAGCCACCCUGGUUAUUACAUCCAAAAAUGAUCUUUCUCCUGUCCUUUUGUUUCAGUAUGUGUUGUCAUCUCUGUGGCUCCUGACAGGUUGCAAUUAAAUAAGUUUAUGAUCCGACCAUAUUGCAGUCGUGUACUAUAAACUGGUGUUUUCUUCUGGUUACUCUGGGACACAGUUCAGAUUUUAAGGCCACUGGUUCACAGAAAAUGGAAUCAAAAUCUAAACGGCUGAUUUUCUCUUCAUCUACCCGGCAUUACUGUAUGUAACAAUAUGAAAGGGUCAGAAAAAUGAAAACUGGUUGUAUUUUGCAGUUUAGUUUGUUGACAUGGUUUGCGCAUAGAAAUUCUGCUUUAAUUUUCACCAUAGCUAAAUGAGAAACACAGAGCUGUUAUUGUUUACAUCUGACAUGAAGAUUGUGAAAGUGUAGUGAUAUGGCAAUUAUGAGUGAUGAGGCAUUUGAGAGGCUUUUUUUCUUAAAUAUUGACAGUUAAACAUGAUGAGUACCAUGUUCAUUGUUUUUUUUCUUUUGUUAAUUUGUCCACCCACCACUGUAAUAACAUCAGAGGGAUUUUGAACAGUCAUCGGUGAUUUAACCUAAGCAGACUCCUCCAGCUGCAGCUGAGUAGGAGGUGUAGCUCGCUAAGCUAACAGCUCACUUGCAAAUUAAGAGAUUUUGUUGGUAGAAUCUGAAUGUUUAAUGAGUGACAAAUUUAAAAAAAAAAAAAAAAAAAACACUAUUUGAUUGCACAACCAUGGCACUCUGGAGAAAGUAUGGGAACUAUAUUAUGGCACUGGAAUGCACUGUGUGGAUUUUGUCUAGAAGCUUGAAAGGAGCCCUCAUUAGAAAUACUGUUAAAGGUUAUUUAGGCAGGACAAUACGUUUGCCAUGUUUCUCUUCAUGUGUCAAAUAGUUUCUGUCAUGUAUUUGACCAGUUUCCCAGACAUGGACUGAAUUAGUGAGCAAAAAUGACCUCAAAAUCCUUCAAAUUAAAUGAGUUAUAAAUGUAAAACUAGUCCUGAAUUUAGCUUAUUCUGGUUAAAAAAAAAAAGUUUUUAAAUGUAAAAAUUAUUAUUAUAGCCAAAUCAGAGUUAGAAGACCAACAUUUUUUGUCCCAGUUGGGCAGGAUUACAUUUAAAAUGUUUGUAUGACAAAAUAACUUCAAUUAAUCCAUAUUUUCAGAUCAAAAUACAUUAUUUUAAAGACCUGCUUCAGUCCCUGUUUAGGAAAUUGGACACAGGUGUGACCAUUGUCAAACAUAAUGCAUUAUCUUCCACACAUUGUCCUUGACUUGAGAAUGUGCAGUGCUGCAUGUUAAAGGUAGCAGUUCAAAGUCCAAGAAGUCAAUGAAAGAGCCAACACUUCAGAUUUUUUUUGUUUCAAGUUUUUUAACAGAAUAUGCAGAAGUAUUGCAAAAAAUAUCUGACAAUCAUCAGGGUUUUUUGUAGGGAAUUAGGAGGCGAGUUCCCUGGCUGGCAAACAGUUAUAAAAUAUCACUGUUGGGUUUCUUUCCCCUGCUUUCUCUGGUUUUCAAAAUAAAGAUGAUUUCCUAUA